AUGGGGUUGGACAAUGACACGCGAGGAUGGAUCAUGACGGCUGUCAGUGGUAUUGCCUGCUGUUUCGGCGCAAGCAUCAUUUGUGUCGACAUUAUCGUGAGACAGUUUCCUCGCAUGCAAGAUUUCUCCAUCAGUGAGAGCGACACAUUUCUAUCAGCAUCGCUAAGUCUGAGUUUUGGGGUGAUGCUGUUCUCGUCAUUAUACUCCAUGCUACCUCAAUCCAAGAUCUAUUUCAUAGAUGGUGGUUACUCUCCACGGCAGGCAUCUUUCCUGCUGAUCGGCCUCUUUUUGACAGGCGUCGUUGUUAUCAGAGUCGUGUCCAAUGUCCUGCAUAGAUUUAUUCCCUCACACGUUGUCGAUUGCGAUCACAAGCACGAGGAUGAAGAAGAAGAAGAGGAGGGGAAUCUGAAACAUAACGAAGAAAUGGCUGAAAACCAGGAUGCAGGGGAAACGACCCCCUUACUGUCAUCAAGAAGGUCCAGUAAUGCGCAGACGAGCACAAAGAAGCAUGCCAAUGGCUCUCUCGAAGUACCAGAUGCGCAACGGCCGUCUAGAUUAGGAAGGACACUAUCAAGGACAUAUUCGAAAUAUGUACAGGGACAGAAAGAGAACUGUGACGAAUCCGGACCUUGUAAAGGUUUCUCCGAUCCUUGCGGUCGAGAUUGUUUCCGGUUCAUGCAGAGACGAACCUCCUCAACGCCUACGCAUCACCUUGGUCUGGGAUCGCGUCAGCCAACUUGGUCGAAAGCCAGCUUUUCGCAGCCAAUUCUGGUCGAAGAGGACACUGAAGCUGGCACUCCAUCUCCCCUCAAUGCAAGCCGAUCAAGAACCCAAUCUCAGGCAACGUCGACACACGGUCUUGCAAGGAAACAUUCUGUCACCCAUCACGUUCACCACGCUGAAGGCGAGCACAAUCAUGCUCAAGACAGACUGAGAUCUACUUCGCGGCAUUCGCAUCAGCACUCUGACGAUCAAGGACAAGAGCACCAUCAUCACGUGCCAACAAAUGCUUUCAUGUCAAUUGGCUUGCAGACCUCAAUAGCAAUCGCUCUUCAUAAAGCGCCAGAGGGCUUCAUCACCUAUGCCACGAACCACGCGAAUCCAACUCUAGGAUUUGCCGUAUUUAUGGCCCUAUUCAUCCACAACAUCAGCGAAGGUUUCGCCAUGUCCCUACCACUGUACCUUGCGUUGAAUUCUCGGGUUAAGGCUAUCGUCUGGUCAUCAUUUCUGGGCGGCGCUUCCCAGCCACUUGGUGCUGGUGUAGCAGCAUUGUGGUUCAAAGUCGCUCAAAGGAGUCAACACGGCGGUCCAGAUGAGUCCGUGUAUGGAGGCAUGUUCGCCAUUACUGCAGGUAUUAUGACCAGCGUGGCGUUAUCGUUAUUUUCAGAAAGCUUACAGUUGAGCCACAAAAAAGGCAUAUGUAUAGCAUUCGCCUUUAUUGGUAUGGGCGUGUUGGGAGUCAGUACUGCAUUGACAGCCAAAUGA